GUUCGAGCUCAAUUUUGGCCCAUCUGAUGACGCUUUCGUCAAGCAAAGUGUAGCUGGCUUCGUUUCCUGAGUCCCGCGGCCAUGCCGUCGCAUAGCAAGCGCAACACCGCGCUCGCUUUCUUCACCUCAUACGAGCGCUCCCUUCUGAAAACUGCGUGGGGCUCGCAGUCCCAGAUCUUGUCCCGCGACCAUUUCUUGCCUUUCGGCUCGUGCUCGCUGUGUCUGCUUAAUGCCGUUGACCCCGUCGCUUGCCCCAAUGGAGAUAUAUUCUGCCGCGAGUGUGCACUAAACAACUUAGUGGCGCAGCGUGCGGAAAUAAAGAGACUGGAGAAGGAAUGGGAGCGGCGACGGAAAGAGGAAUUGGAGAGCGAAGAACUCGAGGAAGCCGAAGUGAGAGCACGAGAGCUUGCUGAGUUCGAAAGAGUACAGGCCGGCUUGGGAAAUGGCAAGAGUACGGAGCAGAAGGCUGAACAAUGGCUGGAAGAUCGUAUACAAGGCGGCGACACGAAGCGAAAGUUCGAGCUAGACGAGGAGGAGCUUAUGCGCAUCGCCGCAGAAGAGAGGAAGAAAGUGCGCAAGGAAAUGGAUGAAGAGAGAAAAGCAGCACUGAAACACCUGCCUUCCUUCUGGGCACCGUCGCAAACCCCAGAUGGCGGAGCCGGAAAGCUAUCGAUACCGGAGAAACCACCCAAGCUCAACACGCUGUGUCCGUCAAGCUCGGAGAAAGCCCCGCACAACAUCUCUUUGAAAACUCUUACGGCGAUAAAAUUCACGGAAGAGAAGUCUUCGGAGACGGGGAAAACUCUUCGGUCCUGUCCCGCUUGUCGAAAGGCGCUCACAAAUGUUUCAAAGGGUGUCAUGGCCAUACCAUGCGGACAUGUGCUCUGCAAAUCCUGUGUGGAAAAGUUCAUGAAGCCGGUCAUGACUCCCGAUCCGCAUAACCCCGGAAUGGAGCAUGGAGUCAUCAGGUGCUACGUCUGUGAGACCAACUUGACGACUGAAGAUGAGCAGAGCAAACCGAAUAAAGAGGAUAGCGAGACUGGCAAGAAGGCCAAAAAGAAGAAGAGGGAUGUUGAAAAUGAGUACAUAAAGAGAGGCCUUGUCGAACUGAAAAGCGAAGGCACUGGGUUCGCAGGAGGCGGGAAGAAUAUUGUCGAGAAGAGCGGUAUUGCAUUCCAGUGCUGAUGAAUCAUUAGAAAUGCUGCUACACUAUUUAUCUAUCUCUCGAACUACGUAAAGAAUACCUGAGAGCCAUCGCCUUAAUUCAAGAUGAUACAAGACCGUCAAGGUCAAG